GAGCAGAAAGUUAAAAAAAAACUCUUUUUAUGACUAUUUUAUCGAACAAACAAUAGCGCAAAAACUCUCUUUCAGUUCGUUUUUUCAAACUGUGUUAUUAAUGACCGGAACUCGCCACUGCAAAUGAUAUGCCUAAUCGUAGGGCACAGGAGGAAUACCCGACUUGGGUUGGUUUCGUAUUCAUUUUCAACCUAAUCGUCGGAACGGGAGCGCUGACCCUUCCAUCAGCAUUCAGCCACGCAGGAUGGGUGCUCGGAUCGGUUCUUAUCGUUGUGUUGGCUUUUGCCAGCUAUAUGACGGUGACCUUCGUAAUCGAAACGAUGGCCUGUGCCAAUGCUAUCCAAAAUUGGAAACGGCUACAGUUCAUCAAACGGGACCGAGUGGUUGAGCACGACGAGGACAGUAAUGUAGAAUCGAUUUCGGAACCUUUGAUACAAUCUGGUAUAGCAGCAGAUGGCGAUAUGACCGAUGCCAGUAUCGAACAGACCCCGUUGAAUAUAAUGUAUAGCCGGAAUCAGUACUACAGUUUGUCGACCAAGAUCGAGCUAGGCGAGAUGGCUAAUUUGUUCUUCGGGCGGAUAGGAAGAUUCCUGUUCUACUUCUGUCUGGCGGUAUAUCUGUACGGGGACUUGAGCAUUUAUUCGGCUGCUAUCGCAAAAAGUCUGAGGGAUGUUCUGUGUGCUUACAAUCAUUCGGCCAAUGCAACAGAUAGCGACGAUGUGACGCUACGGUGCUGGGAAGAUAGCGCACUUUCCCGGUUCGACAUCUACAGACUGUGUCUGGUGGCAUUCAUUACCAUCCUUGGGCCAUUUGUCUUCUUCAACGUACAAAAAACCAAAUACCUUCAGCUGGUGACGGUAUUUUUCCGUUGGCUUGCCUUCUCGGUCAUGAUUAGCAUAGCUAUCCAUCGACUGUUCGCACAACAAAACGACCCGGUCGUACCGAAGCGUGCCGACUUUACUGGCAUCCCGUACCUAAUAGGUACUUGUAUCUAUUCGUUCAUGUGCCACCACUCACUGCCCAGUCUGCUGACACCGAUCUCAAACAAACGUCGACUCAAAUCGCUCAUAUCGAUGGAUUACAUUCUAAUCUGCGCAUUCUACCUGUCACUGGCGCUGACCGGAAUCUUUGCCUUCAGCGACAUCAAGGAUCUAUACACGCUGAACUUUGUCCCCAAUUCCGAUCAGGACAGCAUGUUCCUCAAAGGAAUCGAGUACUUCCUGGCCCUGUUUCCAGUAUUUACCCUCUCGGCCAGCUUCCCGAUCAUUGCCAUAACCCUACGGAGCAAUCUGCAGACGCUCUUCCUCGACACUACUCAGAUGGAGUCGUACAACUUUGUCUUGCGCCGAGUGUUCUUCCCGCUGUUGGCCAUCGUGCCGCCAAUAGUAGUGUGCUUCUUCACCGAGAGUGUUAUUUCGCUGGUCGGCUUCACCGGGUGCUACGCCGGAACGGGCAUCCAGUAUCUGAUACCGAUUUUCCUCGUCUUUUACGCCCGGCGAGUUUGCGAAAGCAUGAUCGGCCGGGGCAUUGUGAAUGAAUUCCGGAGCCCGUUCAAGGGCAACUUUUGGCUGCUGUUGAUCUUUAGCUGGACCUUUGGCUGUUUGGUGCUGGUUACGAUUGAUCUCAUGAAGUAGGAGGAAAUUAAACAACUUCAACGAGGUGGCUUGCGGCACUGGAGAAUACAAUAUUAAGUACGAGACUGAAAGGCGGACAACAAAAAAACAAAGUUGCAACUGUUGUUAGGUAGUUUGUCACGAAAAUUUCGAAUUUUUGUUUCUGAUCAAACUUAAUUUUAACAGCAUAAUUUCUUAUGUAAUGUAAUCUAGAUUUUUCUUCAU